AUGCUGCAAUCCGUUAAGAAAACGUUCGCGGGGGGUCGGAAAAAAGCAGGAAGUAAAGCCGAGCACCACGAUAGCGCCGCAGGUGCCGCCCAGCACCACGGGCACGCGCCGCCCCCCGCCGGGCCCGCUGGGGGACCAGCGUCCCGGAGCGCUUCAGGAGGAAAGGCUCCGGGGGCCAAUGCCGCAAAAGGCGCCGCGCCUGCCGCUGGCGCGGCGGUCCGAACGAGCAGCUUCAACAAGGACAAGUCCGACGCCGUAGCGAGUCCUGUUGUAGCGAAUCCGAACGUGUCGCCGUUCGCCGAGCCGCUCCCGCUUUUCCGGGACGUGGCGGCUCCGGAAAAGCAGGCGCUCUUCAUCCGCAAGCUCGCGCUCUGCUGCCACACGUUCGACUUCGCGGACCCGCUUAAGAACAUGAAGGAGAAGGAGAUUAAGCGGCAGACGCUCCUAGAACUAGUGGAGUACGUUAACUCCGGCACGGGGAAGUUUAGCGAGGUGGUUUUCGAAGACAUCGUGCGGAUGCUCCGCGCGAAUCUGUUCCGCGCGCUCCCCCCGUCCGCGCACGAGAACACGGGGUCGGAGGGGUUCGAUCCGGAGGAGGAGGAGCCAAAUAUGGAGCUCGCGUGGCCGCAUUUGCAGAUCGUGUACGAGUUUCUGCUGCGCUUCGUAGUUAGUAACGAGACGGAUGCUAAGGUGGCGAAACGGUACCUGGACCAGCCAUUCGUGCUGAAGCUGCUAGAUUUGUUCAACUCCGAGGAUCCGCGCGAGCGCGACUAUUUAAAGACCAUUCUGCACCGGAUAUACGGCAAGUUCAUGGUCCACCGGCCGUUCAUCCGCAAGUCGAUUAACUACAUCUUCUACCGUUUUAUCUACGAGACGGAGCGGCACAACGGAAUCGCGGAGCUGUUAGAGAUCCUCGGUAGCAUUAUCAACGGAUUCGCGCUGCCUCUUAAAGAGGAGCACAAGCUGUUCCUGGUCCGCGCGUUAAUCCCGCUGCACAAGCCUAAGUGCGUGUCGAUUUACCACCAGCAGCUGUCGUACUGCAUCACGCAGUUUGUCGAGAAAGACCCGUCUCUCGCGGACGUGGUGCUGCGCGGGCUGCUUAAGUACUGGCCCUUAACUAACAGCCAGAAGGAGGUGUUGUUUCUCGGGGAGCUGGAGGAGAUUCUGGAGCUCACGCAGGGCGCGGAGUUCCAGCAGGUCGUCGCGCCGCUCUUCCUCCGCAUCGCGCGCUGCUUGAAUAGCUCGCACUUCCAGGUGGCGGAGCGCACGCUCUUCCUGUGGAACAACGACUACAUCGUGAGCCUCGUGGCUCAGAACCGAGCCGCUGUGCUGCCGCUGAUCUUUGGCGCUCUCGAGAGGAAUGCGAGGAGCCACUGGAACCAGGCGGUGAACGGGCUAACCAUCAACGUGCGCAAGAUGUUUCUGGAGAUGGAUCAAGCUCUCUACGAGGACUGCCAGAGGCAGUUUCUGGAGGAGGAGGCGCGGGAGAGGGACGUGCAGGCGAGCAGGGAGCACGCGUGGAGACGGCUUGAAGAGGAGGCUGCUGCUCGCUCGCCCCUGUAUGGGGACGGCAGCGGUGCGGGUGGCAAUGGGGUGCAGGGUCGAGACAUGAGAAUGGGCAUGUCGGUGGAAGCGUCGAACAAGGGGGGGCUGGGAGCAACAGUAGCAUCAGUUGCAACAGCAGCAGCAGCAGCAGCAGCAGCAGCAGCAGCAGCAGCAGCAGCAGCAGCAGCAGCAGCAGCAGCAGCAGCAGCAGCAGCAGCAGCAGCAGCAGCAGCAGCAGCAGCAGCAGCAGCAGCAGCAGCAGCAGCAGCAAUAGCUGUGACUGCACCAGGAGUGCAUAAAAGGGCAGGCUACUCUGAGUCGUCGCCUCCUCUCCGCCUCUCGUCCGUACCGCUCGUCGCUCCUUUCUGCUCUCUCCAUUCUGCGGAAGAAUCUGUUUCGCCCUCCACAGAUUCGCUUUCGUCCGUGACGGCGUACGGUUUUCCGGUUUUCGCGAAAGCGGUCGUAUUCGGUUUCAAACGAUCUACAACGAUGAGCUCCGCAGCGCGGCCGCGAUGCUUCCUGGAUAUUGCGUUCGACGGGAAGCCUGUCGGCAGAAUCGAGGUGGAGCUCCGGCCCGACGUCGCGCCGAAGACGGUGGAGAAUUUUGUCGGCUUGUGCAACGGGACGAGCUCGGGGCUGGGCUAUAAGGGCCUGACGCUGCACCGCAUCAUUCCCGGAUUCAUGGCGCAGGGCGGCAACUGCGGUAGUUCCAUCUUCGGGCAGCCGUUCCCCGACGAGAGCUUCGAGCUGAGGCACAACGGCAGAGGCGUUCUUUCCAUGGCGAAUCGCGGCCCCAACACGAACAACUGUCAGUUCUUCAUCUGCUUCACUGCUACGCCUCACCUAGAUGGCAAGCAUGUCGUCUUUGGAAAGGUGGUUUCAGGAAUGGAUGUUGUUGACAAGCUGGAGUCAGUCGGUAGCGACAGUGGCAAGACGUCGGUGGAGGUUACAAUUCAGGACUGCGGCCAGCUCUUGUAA